GUGUGAUGCAUGAUUGCCCGUGCGACCGAAUGCCGCCAAGAGCCGGCCGCUGCUGCUGUCUUAGUUUUUUGCCACGUGUGGAGUUGCCUGUCGCCCUCUGUGGAGGUCCUGAGUGCUAAUGUAAACUACGUGCAUCAGCCGGCAUACAACAUUGCUAGUGUGAUUUCAUCGGCCGUCUUUAUGCAAUGUCAUGGCGGUGUGCGGUGUGUCUCAGUUUGUUUCAUUCACCACCACACAUCGCCACAUAAUGUAUGACUGCACUACCACAGGUGCGGAACGAACCGAUUGUUGCGCCGCUGCUGUUCACAGCCUCACGCCCGAAUGUUUAUCACUGGCAAGGAGGCACUACCACCCAUCACCGCUGGUGGACUCCCGUUGAACCCAAACCCUCGCAAUCCCCUUCCUCGCUCACGCACUCGCCAGUCGUUAUCUCCCCUCUGGGAAGCAUUUUCUGAAGCAGCAAAACUAAGAAUGCGGCGGCUAAACUACAUACAAUAAAAAAUGACUUUCGAUCCCGUGGGUUACGCCGCAUUGCGAAAAUCCGUGUAACUCGAGCGGAUGCCUCCCUUACACCUCUUGCGAGUGAAUGCAGAGUAGUCAUUCACUCAGAGAGCAUGUCCAGAAGGCUAGGAGUAAAUGACAGAGCUGUGUUUGUCCAUCCCAACACUGUCGCCGAUUGCCAAUCACGAUGCAGCAAAUAGGAGCGCGUACUCACUCUGCUGUUUUAUCUCACUGCUCAGUGCUAUUCGCUAUCCUUCUUCUUCCUUUGCUAGCACCCCUCCCCUCCCCGGCCGUCCAUCUCCACAUCCGGCGGUCCAGGCCUACCCCGGUCCCCUCCAACCAUCGCCCGCUUGAUAUCUGCGACAGGGUCGAGUGAGAACAGUGGCAGCCGCUUGUCCGUCAAGGAUGGCGGCCUGGGCAACCUCAGGGGAGGGCUAGGAGGGCGUGCGGUGCCCGAGCCAGGGAUCGACAGCGAUAUCAUGGGGAGAGGCUGAGUUGGCGGAGAGCCGCCAGGCCACUGGUGCUGAUGCUGGUGCCGCUGCGUCUGCUUGUUUAGGAUAUCGGGGACCAGCUUGGCCCUGCCGCAACCAUCUCCCACCACCACCGUCUGGGUGCGACCGUCAUACCUGAAUCACUCACACGAAACGAGAGACACGCCUUAGGUAGGUCGGCAGUGGAUAAGACGACGGUGACGUACCAGAGGUAGUAAAGAGUCGUAUGCUCCUUUGAGAGCUCGAGGCCGCUCUCCUCGCUGUUUUUCUGCUUUACCUGUAUACGAGAAGCCUCAGAUGCAACACAACGAGUGUAUGCACCAUCCCAUGACUCGCUGACCUGGUACAGCUUGAUAGGUAUGCAAGUGAUUCGUGAUGUUGGCCGCUGCUCACUCGGGGACACCUCGGUGCUUCCGGUUUUCCCAUCUGUGCUUGCAGUGCUCCUGGUCGCUGAUGGUGAGGCCUCAGACCCCCCAUUGCCUCGGGAGCGCCGAUCCUCUCUCUUGAGCUGCAGCGACACGAAGCAGCCCGCAUCGAAGGCGCAAAACAGCACAUUCUCGGACCGAUCAAACGCCGCUGCCGAACACCGAUGGUGCGAGUCGAGCGCAUACACGUGAGCUGUCAGGCGGUAGGUGAGCAGGAUCUCGUGCGACUGCGAGUCCCACACAAUGAACUCACCGACGCAGCACGCCACAACGUAAGGCCCGCUGCCCGACCCGCCCAGAGUGUCCGUGAUGUCGCAGUGGUUGACCGUCUCCCUCGCACCCAGCAGCUUGUGCACCACGCGGCCCCGCUCGAGCGAAUAGACAUAUACUGGCACGUCCUCGAGGGAGCUUGUGUGGCCGCUGGCGUCCACCACUUGGCUCGCAUGGCCCGCCAGGAUGUGGUUCUUGGGCUUGUAGAAGGACACACACGUGACCGCAGACGAGGGACAGGGCUCUGGCGAUGACGGAGCGCUCUCGGUACUCGGAGGUCGAUACGUGCACGCCAAUGCGUUGGUCUCGAUAAAAAAGGACCGCAGAGUGCCAUCCGCAUAGCCGCAGACAAGAGCGUUGUUGAGGGGGCAGGCGAUGCAGGUCAAGACUGGGGCUGAGGCAUCCGAGUCCACCCCCUCUUCAGGCGCCGGGAUCUCCUUCUGGAGCUUCAGAGUCACACCACUGUGGAUGCGGAUCACUCCGUCUUCACAGCCACUGAACAGGCAGGGGCCCAGUGCGCUCUUGGUGUUGAGGGCAGCACAUCGGAUGGCGCUUGAAGGCUGCACGCGAUAGAGGUAUUUCCGGAUGCCUGACUUGGCGCUGAAGUUCUCGAUAGAGUCUUUGGUGAUGACAAGGAUGCCGCUGGCUGCGCCCUGUUCCGCAUCGAAGAAGGCAGCGACGACCUUCGGACGCUUGGAGAGAGGCAGAUCCGUCCGCCCCUGCACUUGGUUCACAGGCCUGGUCACCUGCAGGGCCUGGUUCCCCAUGAAGAUGAUAACGAUACACCCCAGGUGAGAUAAAUACAAGAUCGCGUGGCCGCCUUCGACCGCCGUGCGUUCGCAGGAGUCUCGCUGUUCGAUUUGUGUCGCGGUCUCGGAGAGGGAAUUGAGCUAGUGCCUGGCUAGUGCUCAUUUGCUCGAAUUGGGCUAGAGCCCAUUUGCGUCUUUCAGAAACAACACGUUCGGCAGAAAAAACGUUCGAUCACGAUCGUAUGGACGGCAAAGGAAAAUCGGUAGCGGUGUUGUCUUGCUUGCACUACUAGAGACACGUCG